UCUUAGCAGUAGCCGACUUAAAUCCAAGUACUCAAAAAUAAAAAGAAAACAUUUUCAUCCGCGUUGUUUCACACGUAAAUAUAGUUAUAACUUGUAGAUUGAUGACUGACCGUGUUCAUACUCGAGUUAAGUUUGUCUUUAACAUUAAUGUGAUUUGGUCUGUUAACUCAAAAAACGUAGGCUAAUUGUAAAACAAGGGUAUUCCUGUGAUUCUUUGAUGAAUAGAAAGUUCAAAAGAUGUAGCCUAAUGAACUCAAGACUAUAGAUUUAUUAAAAGGUUUGGAUAAUAUUUUUGUCACUUUAUUUGUUUUAAAAACAUAUGAAAGACAAGAAAAAGUUUAAGUCAGUGUUUAAUUGUCAUAGUGUUCGCUGGAGUCAGACUUGGAAGUAGCCUACAGACCAUCGGCAGUAUAAUGAGUCAAAUGCGACACUUCUGUUUGUGGGAACUGCGGCCACUGAUCUCGUCCACCACCAUCAUCUGCUUCAUCACUGCAGGAGCCCUAAGAAGGUGUCAUAUUCAGACCCCUGAGGUCAAAAUUUCAUGUCUAGCUAAGAAUGUAAUCAAAGUGGUGUUAAUCAUGUUAACUUGAAGGAACGGGUGUGAUGUGAGAGGACCAUGAGUUGUUCUCAUGGUCCUCUCCACACAUAUUUUGAUAGAAGCCAGAUUUACUGAUAAACUGUGUGCUACUCUGUGUGUUUGUUAGUCAGUGGAGGAGUUGGAUUUGUAACCCGAGAUGCUAGCAUGUCAUCAGCACUGACCUUGAAAAAUCCAGGGACACUGGACUGUUCAUGAGGCAAAUACACAUGAGCACAGAUAGAAGUUCUUCAUUAUCAGCUUCAGACCGAGUGCAGCACUAAAGCUAAACUUCUCUGAAAUGCUGUAUAGGUGCGACAAAAGAACUGUUCUGCAUUUAAUUCGACUCUGGCUUUGUACUGGUUAGUUAAUAACAAAUAACCUGGGCAUCAAGAUGUAGGUUCAGAUGUUUGUGUAUAAGGGAAAGUGAUGUGACUGGUCAGUCAUGUUUAUAUAUAUAUUUUCAAUAUUUAAAUUUCGUAUAUGUUUUUCAAUAUUUUUAAUAUUUUCAAUUUUUUCCUUUCAGUUCACUUACAAUCCUUCAGUGUGACAAAUGAAUUUGAAGUACAAAUAUUCAAUUAGUAUAGUAGUUGCUCUACUAUAGUAAAGUACUUGAAACUGCAAUAAAUUAUAUAUAUAUAUAUAUAUAUAUAUAUAUAUAUACUGUAUAGGUUAUUAUUACUAUUUUUAAUGUUUUUGAAAGAAGUCUCUUAUGCUCAUCAAGCCUGCAUUUACAGAAAAAUCAGUAAUAUUGUGAAAUAUUAUUACAAUUUAAAAUAAUGGUUUUCUGUUUUAAUAUAUAUAUUCUGUGAUCAAAGCUGAAUUUUUAGCAUCAUUACUCCAGUCUUCAGUGUCACAUGAUCCUUCAGAAAUCAUUCUAAUAUGCUGAUUUGAUACUCUGUUAUUAUCAAUGUUGGAAAAAUUGAUAAUAACAACAUACUUUUUUUCGGGAUUCACUGAUGAAUAAAAAGUUAAAAAGAACAGCAUUCAUUCAAAAUAGAAAUAUUUUCUAACAAUAUAAGUCUUUACUAUCACUUUUUAUCAGUUUAACAUAUCCUUGCUGAAUAAAAGUAUUAGUUUCUUUCAAAAAACAAAAAAACAAAUUUUCUUUGAAAACCAUGAAAAAAAAUGUUCAGGAUUCUUUGAUGAAAAGAAAGUUCGAAAGAACAGCAAAUUAAGUAACAUUACAAAUUUCUGGACUGUAACUUUUGAUUAAUUUAAUGCAUCAUUGCAAAGAAAAGUAUUAUUUAAUUUUAAAAAAGAUGUUCGAAUAGUAGUGUAUAUGUAUUUACUAUUUACACAUUCAUUAUUCAUUAUGAAAUGGAAAUGAAUUGGAAAUCUAUCUAUCUAUCUAUCAUUUAAACUGUUUCUGGCCGUCACACCUCACAUCUGAGGCUGGAGAAGCUGCUGUUUCCCACAGACCCCCUACUCUUGGUGUCACUUCUCCUCUCAAGUACUGACUGGAAUCCUCAGAGGUGCCAACUCGCACCUCACAGAGGAUAUAUACAGGAGGAACAUGGUCCACCAGCAACCACAACCUCAGUCUCAACUCUACAGCCAUGGAUACCUCCAGCUCUGCUCUUCAGCUCCAAGACAGCAGCGCUUUCCUUCUUGACUGCGAGAACAUUCUGGAUCCGAGCUACGGCGUCUCAGAUGCGGGCUACUACAGCGCCGGCAGCAGCCUGUCUCCAACCUCUUCCAUAGAUUCCUGCGGCUUCUCCCCUCCAGCGUACUCUUGCGGAGCGGGACACGACAUACUGCCGGCUUUCCCACUCCACAGCAUCACCACCCAGGAGAAGAACAAGGUCCAGCCACCCAAGAGAACUGGAAGGCCGAGGUCAAAAUUCCCUGGAGUGAAGCGUGAAACCGCAAGUGAACGGGAGAAGCUGAGGAUGAGGGAUCUGACCAAAGCUCUUCAUCACCUCAGGACGUACCUGCCUCCAUCUGUGGCUCCUGUCGGAAAAACCCUGACCAAGAUUGAGACGCUACGGCUCGCUAUCCAGUACAUCUCCUGUCUGUCUGCUCAGCUUGAACUCAGUGAAGACGAGGUGAAUCGAGGCGAUCAGGCCGAGGUCAUCGCCCCAUCAACCAUGUUUGACAGCUUCAGCGCGGCACCUUCAGUUCCAGCUCAGCAGUUCCCAUCGAUGACCUGUUAUCAGACUCAGAAUCCAGUUGAAGGCGAUUUCCUUUCAUUCCCAGCUCAGGAUUUUUGGUUUCCCCAGCAACACGAUUUCUUCCAUGGACAGUGCUGAUCUGAUCAAAACAAUCUGGAUGCAAAUAUUAAUUUGUGCAAUUUUUGUACGAUAAUGAAAAUGAAAUACUUUAUUUUUAUUGUAAAUAUGUUUGUACAGCUAUUUAUUUUUUUGUAUGUUGAAAAAUAUAUUAAUAUUUAUGAAUUGUAAUUUUUCCAGCGAAUAAAGCCUUGAAAAGUCUUACAU